AUGUCUUCCCUCUCUCGUCGCGCCUGCUACAAGUGUGGCAACGUCGGCCACUACGCCGAGGUUUGCUCCUCUGCCGAGCGUCUCUGCUACAACUGUAAGCUCCCUGCCGGUGUCAACAUGGGCCGCGGCGGUCCUGUUCCCCGUGGCGCAUACGGUGGUUACGGCCGCGGUGGCUUCGCCGGUGGCCCCCGUCCCGCUACCUGCUAUAAGUGUGGUGGCCCCAACCACUUUGCCAGAGAUUGCCAGGCUCAGGCCAUGAAAUGCUACGCCUGCGGCAAGCUCGGCCACAUCUCGCGGGACUGCACCGCGCCCAACGGUGGCCCUCUCAACACUGCGGGCAAGACCUGCUACCAGUGCGGCGAGGCCGGCCACAUCUCUCGUGACUGCCCCCAGAAGAACACCAACGGCGAAAUCCCCAACGAGGUUGACUUGACGGCCGCCCCUGGCAUCCCUCAGCCCGCUGUUGCGCCCAUCGCCCCCGUCGCUUAG